AGAGAGAACAAAGGAAAGAGAGGAUGUUAAUGACUGAUUAUAGAUAAGUUCAGCAUCAGCUUGAAGUCCUUUGAAAUGUAAAGGUCGGCCACUUGGCUAGGAGGGAGUGAAUUACCACCUAUGUGAGUGGCACAGCCCAGCCGAGGACCUUGUGCGUGAUUGCAGUCAUCAACACAUUUUCCCGGGAUCAAAUUGUUUACAUCCUGACCUUUUACUUCCUGGGAAUGCGUGUUGACCCCAUCAUUCUUAUGUCUGACACGAGUGCCUUCAGUUUGAGACUUUUCCAUUUACCACACAGGUCUGGCAUGGGGGCUGAUUUGCUCUGUACUGUGCCCUAAUUUGUGUAAAAAUGAACUUGGCUGUGAAGAAUUCUGUUGUGUUUAUGGAGUCUAUUCUGAUAGUGAGAUUAUAGUCCGUUUUAUAGGCUAAAUGUUUCAGUUGAUUGCCUUCUCCCAUGGCUUCUUAAGUAUUCAUGUCUACACAAUUGAUCUGGUUACCCGUGAAGUCAGUCCAAAUUGACUGUUACAGUGCCUGAAAAUACGAGAUCAGUAAUUUUUAGAUCUAGAGGUUCCUGUCCUUCACAAAGGGACUAAAUCGCAGUAGGCAAUCUCCAAGUGAAAAGAUUAUGAAACUGUCACAUCAAAGUAAACAUUGCUGAGCUCCUAAUGUGCUCCUUUAUACCUUCUGUAAUAUACUUUCAAUUGUCAUACUUUCUACUGCUAUCCUGGCCCAUGCAUGGGAGAGAAUAUACAUACGCACAUGUCUCUAUAUCUGUAGACACUAUAGUGAAAAACAACUUAUUUGCCUAUAGCUGGCUUAGCUGCGAAGCUGACUUACCCACCCACUUUCAAACUCCCUAGAGGAAAUAAGGCAAAAAGAUCAAGUAGAAGCAAUAAAGCCAAUGACCUUUUACAAAAAAAGUUAUUUAAGAAGUUCUCAGUGGCACUGUUGAUCUUCUGGAAGGGAGAUCACUCCAUUUCCUACUGGUGCUGUGUCAUCUGCAGUAGCUUUGGUCUCAUUGGAGUAGAAAAAGAAGGCCCUUUUCUGUGUUGCUGCUGCUGUACAUUCAGCAUUCCUCUUGCUGAUGACACGGUUCCUGUUUGAAUCUGUUUACAAGAUUCUGAAAACUGAGCAGAGAAUUUUGGCACUGCACUGGGUAGGAAAAAGCAUUGCAAGAAAUAGAUAAUAUCAAGGACAACAGGAGCAGACAGAUUGGAGUGGGAGUCACAGCAGGUUUUAAUGAUUCUCUUCUAAGAACCCUUUUGGUGAUUAAAUGUUCAGAGCAAGACCUUCUGUCAGUCAACAGACAUUUUGUUCCUGGCUCACAGAGGGAAAACAGUAUACGCUGAAAAGAGGGGAUAUGCCAUUCAGGAUGUCUUCCAAGCGGCCAGCCUCUCCGUAUGGGGAAGCAGAUGGAGAGGUAGCCAUGGUGACAAGCAGACAGAAAGUGGAAGAAGAGGAGAGUGAUGGGCUCCCAACCUUUCACCUUCCCUUGCAUGUGAGUUUUCCCAACAAGCCUCACUCUGAGGAAUUUCAGCCAGUUUCUCUGCUGACGCAAGAGUCUUGUGGCCAUAGGACUCCCACUUCUCAGCACAAUACAAUGGAAGUUGAUGGCAAUAAAGUUAUGUCUUCAUUUGCCCCACACAACUCAUCUACCUCACCUCAGAAGGCAGAAGAAGGUGGGCGACAGAGUGGCGAGUCCUUAUCUAGUACAGCCCUGGGAACUCCUGAACGGCGCAAAGGCAGCUUAGCUGAUGUCGUUGACACCUUGAAGCAGAGAAAAAUGGAAGAGCUCAUCAAAAACGAGCCAGAAGAAACCCCCAGUAUUGAAAAGCUACUCUCAAAGGACUGGAAAGACAAGCUUCUUGCAAUGGGAUCAGGGAACUUCGGUGAAAUAAAAGGGACUCCUGAGAGCCUAGCUGAGAAAGAGAGGCAGCUCAUGGGUAUGAUCAAUCAACUGACCAGUCUACGAGAGCAGCUAUUGGCUGCCCAUGAUGAGCAGAAGAAGUUGGCUGCCUCUCAGAUUGAGAAGCAGCGCCAGCAAAUGGAGCUGGCCAAACAGCAGCAAGAACAGAUUGCAAGACAACAGCAGCAGCUUCUGCAGCAACAACACAAAAUCAAUUUGCUUCAGCAACAGAUACAGGUUCAAGGUCAGCUGCCGCCAUUAAUGAUUCCCGUAUUCCCUCCUGAUCAACGGACACUGGCUGCAGCCGCCCAGCAAGGAUUCCUCCUUCCUCCAGGCUUCAGCUAUAAGGCUGGAUGCAGUGACCCUUACCCUGUUCAGCUGAUCCCAACUACCAUGGCAGCUGCUGCCGCAGCAACACCAGGCUUAGGCCCACUCCAGCUGCAGCAGUUAUAUGCCGCUCAGCUAGCUGCAAUGCAGGUUUCUCCAGGAGGAAAGCUUCCAGGCAUACCCCAAGGCAACCUCGGUGCUGCUGUAUCCCCUACCAGCAUUCACACAGACAAGAGCACAAACAGUCCACCACCCAAAAGCAAGGAUGAAGUGGCACAGCCACUGAACCUAUCAGCUAAACCCAAGACCUCUGAUGGCAAAUCACCCACAUCACCCACCUCUCCCCAUUUGCCAGCUCUGAGAAUAAACAGUGGGGCAGGCCCCCUCAAAGCCUCUGUCCCAGCAGCGUUAGCUAGUCCUUCAUCCAGAGUUAGCACAAUAGGUUAUUUAAAUGACCAUGAUGCUGUCACCAAGGCAAUCCAAGAAGCUCGGCAAAUGAAGGAACAACUUCGACGGGAACAACAGGUGCUUGAUGGGAAGGUGGCUGUUGUGAAUAGUCUAGGUCUCAAUAACUGCCGGACAGAAAAGGAAAAAACAGCCCUGGAGAGUCUGACUCAGCAACUGGCGGUUAAACAAAAUGAAGAAGGAAAGUUCAGCCACGCCAUGAUGGAUUUCAACAUGAGUGGAGAUUCUGAUGGAAGUGCUGGAGUCUCAGAAUCAAGAAUUUACAGAGAAUCCAGGGGACGUGGUAGCAAUGAACCCCACAUAAAGCGUCCAAUGAAUGCCUUCAUGGUGUGGGCUAAAGAUGAACGGAGGAAAAUCCUUCAAGCCUUUCCUGACAUGCAUAACUCCAACAUCAGCAAGAUACUGGGAUCUCGCUGGAAAGCUAUGACAAACCUAGAGAAACAGCCAUAUUAUGAAGAGCAAGCUCGUCUCAGCAAACAGCACCUGGAGAAGUAUCCUGACUACAAGUACAAGCCCAGGCCAAAGCGCACCUGCCUAGUGGAUGGCAAAAAGCUGCGCAUUGGUGAAUACAAGGCAAUCAUGCGGAACAGGAGGCAGGAGAUGCGGCAAUACUUCAAUGUUGGGCAACAAGCACAGAUCCCCAUCGCCACUGCUGGCGUUGUGUACCCCGGAGCCAUCGCCAUGGCGGGAAUGCCCUCCCCUCACCUGCCCUCAGAGCACUCAAGCGUGUCUAGCAGCCCAGAGCCCGGGAUGCCUGUUAUCCAGAGCACUUACGGAGUGAAGGGAGAGGCGCCGCAUAUCAAAGAAGAGAUACAGGCUGAGGACAUCAACGGAGAAAUUUACGAUGAAUACGACGAGGAAGAGGAUGACCCGGAUGUAGAUUAUGGGAGUGACAGUGAAAACCAUAUUGCAGGACAAGCCAACUGAUAAGGUUCAAAAGAUUGGUGUGACCUUAGGACUUAAAGAAGCCCUAGCUGGUUCAUCCUUACCAGUGGCCAAGCACAUUAACUUUCUCAUACACUGACUGUUACUUUAACUGUUAGUCUUAACUAGUUGGGACAUCAGCUGACUAAUAGACCUCAGCCUCAAAAGGCUUGGAAAGGAAAAAAAAAAAAAUACAGCAAGCAAACAAC